AUGCUCUUCCACGUAUUCAUUGCACUGUUGCUUCUUAAUGUUUUUACUGAAGAAGGGGUGGUAGCCAAUGAAUCGAAGCCUAAGGAGGUGAAAACAAAGACUGAAGGAACGAAGAAUAAGGAGGAGACCGAUGCAGUGAAGGUGUGCAAGGAUCGUUCUCGAAUAUGCGAAACACACAAGAAGGAGGGCCUGUGUCAGUCGACCGAUAAGGACAGAAUCUCCAUGAUGAAGUCCAUGUGCAAAAAGACGUGCGGUUUCUGCUAA